CCGCCGCACUAACUAGGCUAAGCUAAGAUAGCGAUGUGGUGUGGGGACUGUUUCUUCGGUGGCGCUUUCCCCGCAUGGAGAUCAAGUCGCUCUAGUGCUCAAACAACAUUCCUUUUUCCCCUGCUCGUAUAUUCCCUGCACAGGGUUGCUGAGAUGGGCGGAAAUCGCCCACCAUCUACUUUGGAGACAUGGUUUAUCAUCCUGAAAAAACGUUGAUCUAUCGUAUGACGGGCCGACACUUUGUUUGUCAGGAGCAUGACUUUCCAAUGGGGAUUAGUUGUUGCCGAAGUUGCGGUGCUAUUCGGCGGCGACGGAGUUAACAAGAGCACACACGAGUAAAGCCAAGGUCCCCUGCUCGUAAAAUGGGAUGGAAUAGUUCUGACGUUUCUCCGUGGCUUCUUUUCUUUUUCCGAUUUCCUAUUUCCGUUCAAAAGAGCAAGGUUUGGCUCGUUUUGAUAUCUGUGAAACCUGCUUUCGUAGGUUGUCAUUUUCAGAAACAGAGACGGCAUUUUUGAUUAUCGCAAAAAAAGAAACGGAACAAUGGACACCCAAACGGAGUCUAACAACCCCUUCCGUCGGAAGAAACCCAAUUCAGUCGUGGUUGACCGUGCUGCUUCUGACAUCGACGAGAAACAUGGCGGCGAUACUUUACCUGGAGAACUCAUCUCCGCCGGAUCUCAGCAUCUGCACCGCAAAAUUGGAGGUAAAGAGCUACAGCUCUUUGCUGUAGGAGGUGCAAUUGGCACAUCUCUCUUUGUGCAGAUGGGAGCUGUCCUACCCAAGGGCGGUCCUGCAGGUCUCUUGCUUGGCUUUAUAGUAUAUGGGACAAUCAUCUUUUCAACUAAUCAGUGCUUUGCGGAGAUGGUUACCUACAUGCCUAUACCAUCACCCUUCGUCCGACUUUCUGGAUUUUGGGUUGAUGAUGCCCUGAGCUUUGCUAUGGGGUGGGACUACUUCUUUCUUAUGGCUUUCAGUGUCCCAUAUGAGAUUACUGCCAUCAACGUUCUUCUCACGUACUGGACCGACAAAAUCCCUGUGGCUGCAGUGGUGAUAGUUUGCUUGGUAAUUUACGCGGUGCUCAAUGGACUUACAGUGCGAUUCUUCGCAAUUUCUGAGUUCUACAUGUCCAUGUUCAAAAUUUUCCUGAUGAUCGGCCUAAUGAUGUAUACAUUUAUCACAAUGGUCGGCGGUAAUCCACGCGGCGACGUUUACGGCUUUCGCUACUGGAAAAACCCUGGAUCAUUCGUCGAGUAUCUUGUUCCUGGAGACCUUGGUCGCUUUUGUGGGCUGCUAUCCUGCAUGAUUCAAGGCUCAUUCACCAUGGUGGGGCCGGAAUAUAUAGGCAUGGCUGCGGGAGAGGCAGAGAAUCCUCGCAAGAUUCUACGAAGGGCAUAUUCUUCCUUUGUGUAUCGCCUCAUGUUCUUCUUUAUCGGUGGCGCACUCUGCAUUGGACUUGUCAUUCCAUAUGACGACCAACUUCUUGCUGACACAAUUGUAGGGAAACGGGAAGGAAGCGGAACCGGAGCUGCCUCCCCCUACGUUAUUUCCAUGGUCAAGUUCGGAAUUAAGGGCGUUCCUGACCUAGUUAACGCCUUGAUUAUGACUUCUGUCCUCUCUUGCGGCAAUAACGUCGUUUUUUCUGCUGCACGCACUCUCCAUGGGCUAUCACUUGAAGGCAAGGCUCCUGCCUUCUUCUCAACGUGCAGCAAGCGUGGGCUACCGUACUAUUCAGUUGUUGUACCACUUACAUUCUGUCUCCUUGCCCUCCUGCAACUUAACGAAUCGUCCGGGACAGUUCUCAGCUGGUUUGUUGGAAUCUGCACAGCCUCGUACCUUCUCAACUACUUCGGAACUAUCAUUACGUACCUACACUUUUAUGCGGCACUCCGUCGUCAGGGCAUUGACAGAAACACCCUCCCCUACAAAGGCCUAUUUCAGCCGUACACCGCAUGGUACGCUCUAUUCGGUACCACAAUCAUGACACUCAUUUUGGGGUACAAUCUCUUUAUCCACGGGAAUUGGGAUAUCACUGCAUUCUUUACGAACUACACGAUGGUUGGCUUCUUUAUUGUUGCCUUUGUAUUCUGGAAGGUAUUAAAGCGGACAGAGUAUGUUUGGCCUGGCACAGCAGAUAUCUGUCUCGGCAAUAUUAAGGACGAUAUUGAUCUGUACGAGACUCUCUACGAGCCAAAGCAAAGGGGGAAGGUCUCUGCUUAUCUGAACGGCUUUUUCGAGUAAUUCAAUGCUUUCCUGCAUAUUUUGGCGAUUGGCUAGUUUGGGAAUUUGAGGCUUGGGAAUUUUCUUUCUUUAGCUUUUUCGAAAUUUAGUUAGCAAAUUGGAACUGUUGAUAGCGCGAUCGCUCUCUGCAGGUUAGUUUAGCAUAAAUCAAGAAUUGUUCUCUUCUCAUCUCAA